AUGGCCACAGAUGAGCAAUUUUCUGGGCCAAUUGGUGAAAGUGUGCCCACGAGCGUGAGCGGCUUUGCCUACCAACGUCCGCGCCAACGAGCCGGGUCCAUUGCCAGCUUCACCUACUUUCAAGAAGACGAAACACCCGAAUUCUCCGGCGACGAAGAGGCUGUUGUGGAUCCGAGCGACGACGGGGAAGAAUAUACCACCAGCAAUGGGCACGGCGUUGAUCUUGAAGCUCAGGACGGACAAGCCUCCCGCCGAAAGUCGUCUGGUCGCAAUCGUACCUCUUCGGACGUGCCACUGCUACGCCGACGUGGUUCUGCCCGAAGCGACACACAGGAGCACGAUGAUGGUGGCAGUUUCAGCCAAAAGAUGUACAUCGAGGCUGAAGAUCUGACCAUGGUCAUCGCAGGCUUCACCACCAGCUCCUUUGGCUAUUUGUUGUACUUAGCAAUUUGUGUAUUUACUGCUGGUCUUGGGUACUUGGUGUUCAGGUGGGCACCACGCCUUGAGAUCAGGUUAAUUGGUGUACCUUCGCCAUUACGCAGAUGUUCUUGGGUUGUGGUAGAGAAUCAGUGGGGCGAGUUCACGGUGCAAGCGGUAUCGAGCGAGGAGUAUGGUUAUCCUACGUCCACAGUCUUCAACGCUCCUGCCCAGGAAAAGCUCAACGGUAAUGGAUACUAUGAUGAUCCCGAGAUCAAGAUUCUACGGUUCCUCGAUCAUCGAUACAUGCGGUUCAUUUAUCACCCACAAGAGGACAAAUUCGUUCUGAACAACAACUGGUGGGAUCCCCAAUGGACAGACGUGAAGGCCAUGCGAGCAGGUCUCGACUCCGAAGAACGCGAGCCAAGGGACCUGGUUUUUGGAAAGAACAUGAUCGAGAUCAAGGAGAAGACCAUUCCACAACUCUUGAUGGACGAGGCGUUUCAUCCUUUCUACAUAUUCCAAGUCGCGAGCCUCAUCCUGUGGUCGAUGGACGAGUACUACUAUUACGCCGCAGCUAUCUUCUUCAUCUCACUCUUCAGCAUUACAACCACAAUCAUAGAGACCAGAUCAACAAUGAGGCGCUUGCGAGAAAUCUCACGCUUCGAAUGCGAUGUCAGGAUUUUGCGGAAUGGCUUUUGGCGGGCUUCUACAUCGGCUGAUCUUGUUCCGGGCGACGUCUAUGAGGUCUCGGAUCCUUCACUCACCCAACUCCCAUGCGAUAGUCUCUUGCUGGCAGGCGACUGCAUCAUCAACGAAAGCAUGCUUACCGGCGAGUCGAUACCGGUCUCGAAGGUCCCUCUUGUCGACGAAAUGCUCGCUUAUAUUGAUUUGGGGGCAACCUCAAUCCAUCCAAGCAUAGCACGUUUCUUCUUAUUUUGUGGAACAAAGAUCAUACGGGCUCGUCGACCUCAGGACACCGACGACGACGAGGCUGUCGCGCUAGCUAUGGUCGUCAGGACCGGUUUCAACACAACCAAGGGUGCUUUGGUCCGAUCAAUGCUGUUUCCCAAGCCAUCCGGUUUCAAGUUCUACCGAGAUUCGUUCAGAUAUAUUGGUGUGAUGGGCGCAAUAGCUGCAGUUGGAUUUAUUGCAUCUUUCGUCAACUUCGUCAAGCUUGGACUUGCCUGGCAUCUCAUCAUCGUCAGGGCCUUGGAUCUCAUUACGAUUGUUGUGCCACCAGCGCUUCCUGCGACCUUGACAAUUGGCACGAACUUCGCCCUAGCUCGACUCCGCAAGAAGGAAAUCUUCUGCAUCAGUCCCCAGCGAGUCAAUGUUGCGGGCAAGCUUGAUGUUGUAUGUUUCGACAAGACUGGUACUUUGACCGAGGAUGGCUUGGACGUGCUCGGAGUGCGCCUAGUUCAGCAUCCCUCGAUACGUUUCGGAGAAAUUUUGGAAGAAGCACAGGCGGUCUUGCCAUUCUCAAAGUACGACCGUGAUCCCAUGAUCGACUACCAGGUCAACAAGUAUAUGCUAUACACCAUGGCCACUUGUCACUCGCUCCGCCUUGUCGAUGAUGAGCUCAUCGGCGACCCGCUGGAUGUGAAAAUGUUCGACUUCACAGGAUGGACCUUCGAGGAAGGUUCUGUCCGGACCGCCCACUAUAUUGAGCCUGGGUCCCAUCAAAUACCGCCAUCUGUAGCACGGCCGCCGCCUGGCAUGGAGUACGAUCUCGACGAUGCUGAGGAGAACGACAAUCCACCACCAGUGGAGCUUGCAGUGCUGCGCUCUUUUGAGUUCGUGUCCCAUCUUCGCCGAGCAAGUGCUAUUGUUCGGCAAAAUGGCGAUGACACUGGUGCAAUGAUCUUCUGCAAAGGCGCGCCUGAGGUCAUGAGAGAUAUCUGCACACCAUCUAGCAUGCCUGCCGAUUUCGAUGACUUCCUCAGCUACUACACCCACAAAGGCUUCCGUGUCAUUGCAUGUGCAAACAAAUACAUCUCCCGCCUGACAUCUUCGGAGAUGGAUCGUAUGGACCGUUCCGAAGCAGAAUCACGACUACAGCUGACGGGCUUCAUUGUCUUUGAGAAUAAGCUCAAGGACAUCACCACCGAAGUCAUCGAUGAGCUGAACGAGGCGAAGAUCCGCAACAUAAUGUGUACGGGAGACAACAUCUUGACCGCCAUUUCAGUCGCUCGCGAAUGUAACCUCAUGGAAGCAGACGCGCACUGUUUCGUGCCUCAUUUCCUACAAGGCGACAAGAGCGAUCCAAAGGCUGUCCUCAACUGGGAGAGCGUUGAUAACCCCAUGUAUCAACUAGAGGCCGAGACAUUACUGCCCGCAAACAUACCAGCAGAAAACGACACCGUAGCGCCGUACGACACGCUUGGUCUCAACAACUACAGCCUAGCAAUCACUGGCGAUGCCUUCCGCUGGAUUAUCGACUACGGCUCCUCGGACGUGCUCAAGCGUAUGCUUGUGAAGGGCCAAGUCUUCGCGCGAAUGUCGCCCGAUGAAAAGCACGAGCUCGUGGAGAAACUUCAAAGCAUAGACUACACCUGCGGCUUCUGUGGCGAUGGCGCCAACGACUGUGGUGCUUUGAAGGCAGCUGAUGUCGGUGUCUCACUUUCAGAAGCCGAAGCGUCUGUUGCUGCGCCAUUCACGAGUCACAUCUUCGACAUCUCAUGUGUGCCUAUCUUGAUCAAGGAGGGACGCGCAGCUCUUGUCACUAGCUUCUGCUGUUUCAAAUACAUGAGCUUGUAUUCAGCCAUCCAAUUCACCUCGGUCAGCUUCCUGUACGCAUCCGCCUCGAAUUUGGGCGACUUCCAGUUCCUCUUCAUCGAUCUCGCCCUCAUCUUACCCAUAGCCAUCUUCAUGGGCUGGACUGGAUCGUAUCCCGAGCUCGCCAAGAAGCGACCAACAGCCAGCUUAGUGUCCAAGAAAGUCCUAGUCCCGCUGCUAGGCCAGAUUGUGCUCUGCAUACUGAUCCAGGCAAUAGCGUUCGAAACAGUGCAACAGCAAUCCUGGUACAUCCCACCACAGCUCAACAAAGAAAAGUCCAGCGUCGACAACUCCCAGAACACUGCUCUAUUCCUGGUGUCCUGCUACCAGUACGCCCUUUCCGGAGUGGUCCUCUCAAUUGGCCCUCCCUUCCGCCAAUCGAUGAACACAAACGGUCCCUUCUGCGUGACAUUGGUCAUCGCGCUCUCCAUCUCACUGUAUAUGCUCUUCGACCCAGCCGAGUGGCUUCAGUCAUUUAUGGACUUGACUGAAAUGGCGUUGGAUUAUGAAAUGUUCCUGCUAACGUUGGCACUGGGAGGAUUUGUGCUGGCGUAUCUCGCCGAGCAGUAUGUGUUUCCCAAGAUGGCGAAGUCGAUCGGGCGGCUCAACAAAACAUUUAGACCUGGGCAUGUCAAGAAGAGGAAACAGUAUAAGGAGAUUAGGGAGGACAUUGAGCUGUCUCAUUAG